UAGUAUAUAAGUAUAAUGCUAUCUAUUCAUGUGAUUAAUUAGAGAGUUAAAUUAGCUAUCUACAUAUCACAGGGACUUGUUACCUAAGGCUGGAAAUUUCACGCUUUUUAAAGGAAGCACCGGUAUAUGAAUGACGACUUAUAGCCUUGAAUCUUCCAAAAAUGGAUCUGACUAACCUGUUUCUGGGCGUGGCUCUUAUGUUAACCCCAGUGUGUGGAGAUAUAUUGUACACUUUGUUAGAAGAAAGACCAACUGGAUUUUACAUCGGCAAAAUAUCCGACAAGGCAGAUCUUCAAUCCACGGUGACCGAAACAGCAUUGAUUACGUUGCGUUACAGCUUCUUGACGCAAGGUUACCCCCAAAGCAAAUUCUUCAACUUAACGAAGGACGGACAGUUAUAUACGGCCGUAAAACUGGACAGGGAGGACGUUUGUGGGUUCUCAGACACGUGUGUCCUGGAGACAGAAAUCGCGAUACAGUCGACCAUUAAUCAGUUCUUUCGGAAGGAGAAGCUGAAAGUCACGCUAGAAGAUAUAAACGACAACGCACCAACCUUCAACAAGGAUUCUCUCACAUUGGAAAUAUCGGAAGCCGUGUCCGUUAAUUCUUCGUUUAUCCUUGAAAGUGCACUGGACCGCGACGUCGGUAAUAAUUCACUCCAAGGUUACGAUUUGAUAUCAGAUUCCAAUAUUUUCGAUUUAAAAGUCGUCAAAAAUCUUGAUGGAGGUACCGUGGUCAGUCUGGUCGUACUUAGUUCUUUAGACCACGAAGUGCGGGAUUUAUAUACGUUGACCGUUGUGGCGCGAGACGGAGGAGUAAGUCCUAGAAAAGCUGAACUUAAAGUAAUAGUCUCAGUCCUUGAUAUUAACGAUAACCCACCAGUCUUCGACCCACAGGCCUAUAACAUUACAGUAAAAGAAAGUACGCCCAUAGGCGAAACUGUUGUCCAAGUGACUGCUACUGAUCUAGAUGCUAAACUGAAUGGGGUGGCCUAUUAUCGUUUUAGUCCUUUGGUGCCAAGCGAAGUACUACAUUAUUUUGCCUUGAAUGAAUCCACAGGAGAAAUAACAGUAUUUCAGUCGUUGCAUCCGGUCCAGGGGCAGAUAAUGCGUUUUAUUGUCGAAUGUGUCGACGGUGGGUCACCUCCCCUGGUGGCCCAAACUGAAGUCAUCAUCAGUAUUGAAGAUUCCACCAACACCUCUCCGACCAUCAAUUUAAAUCUUUUUGCUGACGGCAAGGUGUCCGAAUUUGCUCAACCAGGUACAACUGUUGCCCACGUGGCCGUUUUAGAUCCGGACUCCUCUAAAAAUGGCAUCAUUCGUUGUUUCAUUAUUAGUGACGCUUUUGAAAUUCAAGGAUUAGAACAGAACGAUUAUAAAAUUGUGGUCUCGCGAACAUUGGACAGAGAAAAGGCACAAUUUCAUCGGGUUGUUUUGACUUGCGAAGAUGCGGGAAACCCUCCACUGAAUGACACCAAGGUGUUUAGCAUCGCCGUUCUGGAUGAAAAUGACAAUGCGCCAUUUUUUAAACAGUUCGACUACCUUGGCAAUAUCACGGAAAAUGCAGAACCAGGAGAAGUCAUGGCCAAAGUAGAAGCUGUAGACAUUGACGAUGGAGAAAAUUCUAAGAUUUAUUAUUACAUACCGCUAGGAGAUGAAUACGGGGUGAAAAUUAGACAAAGUGGUGAAAUUAUAUCAGACAAAACCUUUGAUCGAGAGAGAACACCUAAGUUAAAGUUUAAAGUGUUUGCGACUGAUCAUGGACGACCUUCCCGAAACUCAAGCUGUACUGUCACUAUUAUAGUAACAGACGUCAAUGACGUCAUACCUACAUUUAGCCAAUCAAGGUACAUGUUUAAAGCUAAAGAAAAUCAAGAAUCGGGAGUUGUAAUUGGACGAUUAGAGGCAGAAGAUGCCGAUGAAGGAUUAAAUAGUGAAAUUCUUUACAAUAUACAACUGUUGUUUGAUGAAUUGGAAUAUUACCCAAUCAAAGUUACAACCGAUGGUUUUAUCCAAACCGCGUUUUCACUUGAUAGAGAAAUAAAGUCAAGGUACGAAUUUGUUGUCGUUGCUUCUGACAGGGGGUCACAAUCGUUGUCUUCCUCAACCGAGGUCAUCAUUGAAGUAACAGAUCAAAACGAUCAUGCGCCAUUGAUAGUCUCGCCAAGCUCCAUGAACCAUUCCAUGAUUGUGCCUUACCACAUGCACACCGAUUAUGCCUUAUUCACAGUAUUAGCCAAAGAUGAAGACGUGGAUGAAAAUGCCCACUUAGAAUUUAUUUUAAAACCAGAAAAUGGCCAUGACAUUUUUAAGAUCGAUUCGGUAACUGGUGUUAUCAGAUUAUCUCGAUUUUUAGACGGAAAUGACGUCGGAACUUACCAACUAUACGCCAUUGUUCGGGACAUGGGAACGCCAUCUUUGAACACUUCCGUUGACUUUAAUAUUACUGUUUAUAAAUCCAACGAAACCAACACCUACUUGAAACAGGGGUUGGGUUCGGAAGAGAAUACGAUGGUCGUGCUAAUCCUGGGAAGUGUUACAGGUAUAAUCGUGGUUGUUGUUGUCAUCGUCAUCCUUAUUAUCAGGCGUUCUGAUCAGGUGAACAAAAAGUUUUUUCAAGCAAACGUCAUCACCCACAUUGAACCAUGUAAUCUACAGCUAGAUUGUUCUAUGGACGACCUUGUAGAUCACCGAAGAAUGUCAAAAGCGGAUUCCAACAGCUGGGACAAGAGAUCGAAUAUAUUUCCUGGCUCAGAUGACCUGGUGUCCUUGUCUGAAGUCGAGAUCGAACAGUCAACCAAAAAUCGUGAAAAUGUACAAGGUGCUUGGAAUGAAGCCAUGAAGAAACACGAAGCUUUACUUAAAUCAUACGGUCUACCAACAAAGGUCUCGAUACGCCGUGGCGUAACACCAGUUCCGGUCAGCCAGCAGGAAGAAACAGGAAGUCAUACGUCAGCAGAUACUAGUACCAGUGAUAGUGGUCGGGGAGGAAGUGAUGACGAGGGCAACAAUUUAAAUAGAUCUAAUCUAGAAAAUGGCCCCGAUGUGAAUCAAACAGCCGUUAAAAAGUUGGUAGCCAGCGAUUCAUUGUUGACGUGUGCUACGCCCAACCGGCGCGUGUCCGAUGGACUAGGAUUCGAUUCAGGUUAUCAGCCGUCCACGGUGUUGAGGAACCCAUACACCAAUAUGGACAUAAACAAUAGUUUUACUAAACGUGUUAAAUUUAACCUUGCGGAAAAUAAACCGUGGCUGACUACACCUACCGGAAACGACCUUGCUUUAGCUCGCCAUCGUUGCCAUGGUAAUCUGACAGACGCUCAAGACCAGGAAGAGUCAUGUGACUCGGAAGUGGAUAGUAUUAUAUCGGAUGUUCACGUGACUACUAAUGGAAAAUUCGACUUGCAGAGACAAAAAACAGAAGACGUGUAUGUGUAGUAUUGCUCAUAAAUUAUUUAUAAAAAUCUAUUGACGUUUCCAACGAUUCCGACCACAGACAAUUUUAAUGUGAAACGGGGGAAAAACGAGGCUUUAUUAGUGCUUUCAUAUUGAUUGUUUAAUACCCAUAAAUGAUUGAUUUGAUUCAAUUUGAAUAAUACCGAAUUAAAUAAAAACAACAUUAUACCAAAGAAAAUUAAUUUAUCAGCGUUUAGGUAUUUGUUUUAAGGAGCAGUGCCUGGAUUAAGAGGUUGUCCGUUGAUAUAGGUGGGUUUAAGUGGAUACAAAUCAAACGUCAAAAUGUCCCGAAUACCGCGUCUGAAAGUUUCAGUUUCGAAAAAAGAGCUGUUUAAAAUUUUCUUAACUUUUUAGGAAUUACUCGGUUUUUAGUGAUUUAAAAUUUGUCACGGUCGCUUUGCCAUUAUAAUGUAGGCAAAUGUGACUACAUGUUUAUACCAUGUGAUAACGUGAACCUUUACGGAAACGGACAGUCUGUAUUUCUUUGAAGGCUUAUGUACAGAGAAUUAAAAGACAUGUUUGGGACGGCUUCUUUAAAGAUGGGUUUGGGGUGGCUUUCUAAAGAAUAGUUAUAUAUUUAUUAAUUGUAUAUUUUACAAAUGAAUACUUCCAUGUGCGUCUAGUCAAUCAAAUAUUCUCAUUUUGUGAUCAUCGUUUUGUGUUGUUUGAAUCUUUAUUGCUAAACACAUGUUUGUGAAAACCUAAAAUGUAACUGUAUGCUGUUGUAUAUUGAACAUGUUGUUGUAUAUUGAACAUGUUGUUGUAUAUUGAACAUAUUGAACAUGUUGUUGUAUAUUGAACAUGUUGUUGUAUAUUGAACAUGUAAUUAUUUUGAACACAUGAACUGAUUGAUUUGUUUUUUAAAAAAACUAAUUUUAAAUGUUGUGUCUUUAAUUUAUUUGCUUACCUUUACUUAAUGAAAUGAACAGGGCUUUUA